AGGCGCUGCAGCCGGGCCUCGUGCAGCGCACCUUCACCGACGAGGAGCUCCAGAGCGCGUUCACGACGUUCGACUUGGACAAGAACUCGUUCGUUGGCGCCUCUGAGCUCGCCACCAUGCUCAAGCUUGCUGGGGUGCCGGCGACGGACAGGGAGAUCGACGAGAUGAUCCGGCUCUGCGACAAGGCCGGCGACGGCCAGGCGGCUGUUCAAAGCCACAAGCUGUCGCAGUCGCAGACGGCUGCCCCGCAGGUGCCCAGGAGCAAGCGAACUCUAGCUGCCAGGGCGAGAGGCUCCAAGAGCAAGACUGCCACGGACUACCAGGCGCGUGCAACCUUGGGGCAAGCGAAGAUGUUCGAGCAGCCCGGCCAGGGCGUCGCAGUGUCCGCGGACAAGCGACCACUGAAGUCCGAUGGCCCGACCCGCGGCAUGACGGUAGAGAUGCUGGUUAAGAAGCUCUCGGGCGGCCUCGGCAAGAUCAAGCCUUCGCAGAUCAAGAAGGUCUACAAGAGAUUCCAGGAGAUCGAUACCGACCAGAGUGGCGCCAUCGAGUACGAAGAGUUCAUCGUCGCGCUGGAGAUGGACGAUACCAGCGUGGCCAAGCAGAUGUUUAGGGUAUUCGACAUGGACGGUUCGGGCCGCAUCGAGCUGAAGGAGUUCAUCGUCGUGCUGUCCCGGUACACGUCCGCAGCCCAGAGCGAGAAGAUGAAGUUCGCGUUCAUGAUGUUCGACGAGGA